UAUAACGGAUGCAAUUGCCUGUACUUAUAUAAUUACCAUGCAGGUACCCCGCAACGUUGUCAACAAUGGAGAUAUGUCCUCAGUAUCCUCAGUGUACUUCAGUUCAACUCUCCUUCAGGGCAUCAUCCAACGGUCAUAGUCUGGCUCAUAACCAAAAAAAACAAACAGCACACUUACAUGUUUGACGCUUAUCUGCUCCUCCUUCCUGACUCGUGUGUAUAUUAUUGCCGCUCCUGGACCGACUAUGAUCAAACACCUGAGCGGACUACAGAGUCAAGUUUCCACUGGGGUGUGUUUGUGUCUCUGCCAGAACCGGUGAUGGCCGACCAGCUGCCGCCACAGCAAGGAGACCUGCUGCUGAACAAGUACUGCCAUGGGAGCCUCCCCAACGGGAAAGAAGCCACCAAAGACGGCCUGUACGCCAGGGGACAGUGGGCGAGCAAGGCUGAGUUCCUCCUGGCCGUGGCGGGGCAGAUCAUCGGCCUCGGCAACGUCUGGAGGUUCCCUUACCUCUGCUACAAGAACGGAGGAGGUGUGUUCUUUAUACCCUACCUGUUGUUCCUGGUGCUGUGCGGCAUCCCCCUGUUCCUCCUGGAGACCUCACUGGGGCAGUACACAAGCCUGGGAGGGGUCAGCGCCUGGAGGACCGUCUGCCCAUUAUUUGGAGGUCUGGGCUAUGCCAGCCAGGUGAUGAUCCUCCACGGCUGUGUGUACUACAUCGUAAUCCUGGCCUGGGCGCUCUUCUACCUGGCCCACAGCUUCCAGGCGGAGCUGCCCUGGUCGCACUGCAAUAACACGUGGAACACUGACGCGUGCGUCCUGUUCAACAGCCACAACCAGACAGCCAAUGGGAGCAGCCUGCCUGAGAACGCCACCUCCCCCGUCAUGGAGUUUUGGGAGCGGGAAGUGCUCCGUCUCUCCAGCAAUUUAGACGAGCUGGGUCCAAUCAGCUGGAAGCUGGCUCUGUGUCUCGCCAUCGUCUGGCUCGUCUGUUACUUCUGCGUCUGGAAGGGAGUCAAGUCCACCGGAAAGGUGGUGUACCUGACAGCCACCUUCCCAUAUGUCAUGCUGUUUGUGCUGCUGGUGCGCGGUGCCACCCUGCCUGGAGCGACCCAGGGCAUCAUCUACUACCUCAAGCCAAACCACACCCGCCUGGCAGACCCACAGGUAUGGAUGGAUGCAGGUACCCAGAUAUUUUUCUCAUAUGGAAUCUGUUUGGGAAGCCUCACGGCCCUCGGCAGCUACAACAAAUACAACAACGACUGCUAUAAGGACUCUUUCCUUCUGUGCCUGCUGAACAGCGCCACCAGUUUCCUGGCGGGUUUUGCGAUCUUCUCGGUGCUGGGCUUCAUGGCUGAAGAGCAGGGCGUGGACAUAUCCGCCGUGGCCCAGUCAGGACCUGGCCUCGCCUUCGUCGCCUACCCGAGAGCUGUGGCCAUGAUGCCCAUACCCCAGCUCUGGGCCGUCUGCUUCUUCCUCAUGAUCAUCAUGCUGGGGCUGGACACACAGUUUGUGAGCCUGGAGGCCCUGAUGACGUCGGUGACUGACCUGUACCCUCAUCUGAUUCGACGGGGCCACCGCAGAGAGCUGCUGCUGCUGUUCGUCUGCGUCGUCUGCUUCCUCAUAGGACUGGUCAUGGUCACGCCGGGUGGUCUCUACGUGUUCCAGGUCUAUGACCACUUCUCCUGCAGCGGAGCCAGCCUGCUACUCCUCUCCAUCUUCCAGUCCGUGGCUAUCGGCUGGGUCUACGGAGCCGAGCGUUUCAGCGGCAACAUCCGGGACAUGACCGGCUACAGCCCCCUGCCGUACUUCAGGCUGUGCUGGAAAUACUUGACCCCGGCUGUGUGCACUGCUACCUUUGUGUUCUCCCUGGUGAGCUGGUCUCCGUUGAACCUGGGGAAAGGCCUGGUCGCUCCGGUCUGGGCCACCACGCUGGGCUGGCUCCUCACUUUCUCCUCCGUCUCCCUGCUUCCCAUCUGGGCCAUCUACGCCCUGGCCACCACCCCGGGAACCCUGCCACAGCGCUUCCAACGUCUGUGCAGCCCAGCCAACGACUCCCCACCGGCGUUCCCCUACAGCUCUGCACUGCCCCUGACCGAUAAGCCCAAGGAGCCGAUCAAAGACCUCAUCCAGGAUCGUAAGAUCUGAUCCCGGUCAGCCAAUCAGGUGUUUGUGUUCCCCAGAACAGAGUCUACCUGCGAUGGAGGCUAGCUGUCACCCAGGGGGGGACGUUGCCGUCUCCCUCGGCGCCAUGGUAACAGAUGCUAAGAAGAACACACCUGGUUUCUACAAAGGGAGAGGAAGAAAAGGAGAGUACACACACACACACCAUCGGCCGUUCAACCAUCACAAGAACAAGCGCUGUGAUUGCCGCUCCCUUCAUGUGAAGCAUCCUGAUGGGAAUUACUGGUUUAACAUCCAUGAAGGGAUAGAGGAGAGAGGGAUGUGUGCAGAGGAGGAGAGGGAGGGAGUCGCAGCGCCGGAGGGGAGGAUUCUGACACCACCACUUAGAUAAAGCCUGGCGGUUAUGUAAAAGGCUCGGCCUGUCAAUUAACCGUAUUGGAUUCCCUCCCCUCCCAGCCGCCGUAGGAAGUGGGCCGGCCCCCCUGCACACACGUGGCUCGGCACGCGGGUUCACAACUUGUUUUGGUGACGCUCGAUACUGUAUGCUUUCGCACGUGUGAUCCGGGUUACUGUGUAAUUGUGCGUGGGGGCGGUUUAUGUCCAUAUGGUUGCUUUGGCAUACAUCUUGCUUUUCAGAUGAUGGGGGGGAUUAAAGAGGAUACAACGAGCUGAGUGUGUGAGAUUCAAAGAGGAGAGAGGAAGAGGAGGGGAUGUGAGCCAAAGCGUUUCAGUGUGAAAGAAGCCGUGGAAAGUUGCCUAAUUUGCGCUCAGGCUCGGCGCCACUAGUGUGCAGCUGCAUCACAUGCAUUAAUAACCCCAAACUCAACAUACUAGCGUGCAUGUGUUGAUGUCACAUGAUCAAACAUCCUCUCUCUCUCACACACACAGCUCCGGUUUGCUCCGUCUUUACAGGCGUCUUUUUUUACUGCAGGUAAUACACUUGACAGUUUGGUGUAAAGGAGAAGCAGCCGGCAGCAGGGGGUGGGGGGGGUUGGAGACUUGAGGACAGAGAGAAAAAGAGACGGGUAGUGGGGGUGGGAUUGCAUAACAGUCGAUUUGGACAUCAGCUCGAUACUGGAUGAGGGCACAUGUUCAAUAUUAGGUUGCAGCAGGGCAGUAGCAGAGGUUUCAAACGCGACCAUGGCCCCCUCCAACCCUCCUGUUGAGGAAUAUAUCCUCUGGAGGCUUAUUUGAAUGCAUUCUUCUUAUUUUUGUGCGAAAGGACAUAACAGGUGAGACAAGUCAAGACAAAAAAACAGACAGUAUAUUGGGUAACAUGAUAACAGUAACAGCAAAGUAAUAAUCGGGUUGGUCGAAAGAAGAGACAUUUUUGGCAAAUUUUAUUUUAUUUGCCUUUAUUUUUUUCUAUUUUUUUUGUACCCUCCUGUGAGGGGUUUAGGCAUCCCUUCUUUGGUCACCUCCACCCCCUUGGGAGGAAGCUGUCCGUUGGUGGCCGCAUAGCGUGCUCUUCCAUCCUGAACAGCCCCCAGUAUAAAUGUAAUUAUUUACUUA